AUGGCAUCAAGCAGAGGCAAAGGCAAGACGCCAGCGACGCCAACCAGGGCGAUGCCGUCACGUCCUUCGACUCGUGCCACACGUGGUCGCAAAACUAUGGACACCACUCCAGAUGUCUACCAAGACAUGCUUAUAGAAGCAGCCGUGACCAACCCUGAGCCAUUUGACGAUCGACCACUCAAGCGGAGGAGAAUCGCUGGCCCUUCUGGACCAUUUGCGACUCGCCAUAAGGAUGAAGUAAAGCAGCCGCUGAACACGAGUGGCAAUCAUUCAACUUCGAUCUUAAGCCGUAAAGCAGGACUUCAGACCAUUGAUGCUUCUGACGACGAUGAUGACGAGAGUGACUUCGGCUUCGAGGACGUCGAUCUUGGUCAGCCAGAUGGAGGUACUUCAUCAGCCGCUGAAGACGAUGCGAUUGGUGACGUGACCAUCUCCCUCGAGAAGAAUAGCACUCCGAAACCACAUGCUAGCAAGACCAAACGCAAGCCCGCUUCGUCAGUUGAGAAAGCGCAUCGGCUACUGGUCCAUAAAGCGCACUUCCUAUGUCUGCUUGGCCACUGCAUCUAUGCCAACAGCUGGUGCAAUGACGAGGCAGCGCAGAGUAAUCUGAAGUCGAUAAUGAGUCCAAAGACGAAAGCUUACCUGCGUGACAACCCCGACAAGUCCCAAUUUGAUAGGAACCGGAUGUUUGUAGAAGGUCUGGAGCAGGUUUCGGAAGCAUUUCGAGGUGCAUUUAGUGUCACCGCUUCUGGUAUGCGGAAGGCGAGCUGGGUGACUGAUGGAUCUGCUGACGAAGACCGCUCUGACAUCGAGCCCAUGGAUCGUGCAGACUUCAUUCGUGCAGCCAAGCGACGUGAGGGCUCGCAGGAUACAGGUGCCCAGCUAUUCUGUGCUUUGCUGAGAAGUAUUCGAGUCGUAGCACGACUAGUCUGCUCGCUGCAGACUCUGCCAAUUAAUCCCACAGCCACGAAGACUACUCCGGUCAGACCGGUCAAGCGCAUUAUUUAUGCUUCUGAUGCUGCUUCAGCAGACGACCAUACUGCUAGCGAUGGUAGUACCGAUGACAUGGGUGUCAAGACUUCCAGCAGGCUUUCGAAAAUACCCUCUGCACGCCGCCGACUUGGUCAGCCUGGUUUUGCCAAGGCAGCGGACCCAGCUAUUACACCACAGCAGAAGAAGAAGUCGGUACGCACACUUGCAUAUCCAGUCUUCUGGGUAGAAGUCUUCAACGCCGCUGUUCAGAAAUGGGUCACUGUUGAUUGCGUGGUCACUGGCACGGUCAACAAGCCGGGCAAACUUGAGCCACCAUCUUCGUACGAUCUGAAUCAGCUGAGCUACGCUAUCGCUUUCGAAGAAGAUGGUUCGGCACGAGAUGUGACGAGACGAUAUGCUAAAGCCUUCAAUGCCAAGACUCGUAGGCAGCGUGUGGAGGCAACGCAGAAUGGAGCAGCAUGGAUGAAGAAGGCUUUGCGGGUUUUCCGUCGCAAAGGCGCUGCAUUGGACCGCGAUCAAGUUGAGGAUGCUGAACUAGCCGCUAAAGAGGCUAGGGAGGGUCUGCCAAGUAACGUACAAGACUUCAAAGAUCAUCCAUACUACGCACUCGAACGACAUCUCAGGCGCCACGAAGUCAUCUUCCCGAAACGUGAAGCUGGAAAGGUAAAUGCUGGCACAGCUGCUAAACCUCGAAUGGAAGCCGUAUUCAGACGACAAGAUGUCCACGUUUGUCGGAGUGCAGAUAAGUGGUUCAGACUUGGUAGGGAGAUGAAGGCGGGAGAGCAGCCACUGAAACAUGUGGUUUCUCGUAGAGUGGCAAGAGCAAAGUCCAUUACUGAAGAAGAGGAUGAAGCGGCGGGGCAGAAGACGACUGCGUUGUAUGCUGCUUACCAGACCGCGCUUUAUAGUCCACCACCUGUGAUACGUGGCAAGGUCCCGAGAAACGGAUUCGGGAAUCUGGAUAUUUACGUUCCGUCCAUGGUCCCUGCUGGUGGUGCGCAUAUCAGACAUCCACUCACGCAACAAGCGGCCAAAAUUUUACGUGUGGACUUUGCUGACGCAGUCACGGGUUUCAAGUUCAAGGGCCGUCAAGGUACAGCUGUUAUCGAGGGCGCGAUUGUGGCGGAGCAGUUCGCCGACUCUGUAAGGAAUGUCAUCGAGAGCCUGGAGUGGGAGGCUGAAGAAGAGAAGUGUAAGCAGCGGAGUCUGGUUGCGCUUAGGCUUUGGGCUAGGAUGUUGAAAGGGUUGAGGAUUCAAGAGAGGGUGAAGUCUUACCGACGACCUGGAGAAGGUGGUGGCGAGGCUGAUGGGGCUGAUGAUGCUGAGGAGCGACAGGAAAAGGAUGAGAAUGAUAUUACUGUUGUGAUACCGCAUCUGGAAGAGGAUUCGCCACUUUGGACUGCCGGCAGGUAUAGUGUUCGUGAGCUUGUUGCGCCUAAGCAAAGUUCGGCUAAGAAGAAGCGGAAGCAGUAUGACAGCGAUGAGGACGUCGGCGAAGCCGGUGACUUUAACGCGCAGAUAUCGGAGACAGCCAAUGCCGGGUCGACUGCUGCUAGGCGCGCAACUCGCAGUAGCCGGCGACGUGUGGUAGAUGAUCAGGAUGAUGACGUUGAGGGAGCGGGUGGUGGGUUCUUGCCUGAUGCUGAUGAGUCUGACGAUGAUAGCGGAGGGUUUGUGCCUGAAGGAGGUGGAGAUGAAGAUGAUGAAGGCGGUGGUUUCUUGGUAGGGAGCGACUCAGAAGGUGGGAGACUCGCGGCCGAGGACGAGAAGAGGCCUUAUCAGCAUGAACAUGAGCACCAGGAGCACGAUCAUGCGAGCAGUCAGGAUGACGGAGGAGGUGGUGGCGGGUUCAUGGUCGACGCCGCCCAGAAAGAUAUUACUGACGACAGUCCUGGUGGUGGCUUUCUGCCUGAAGACAAUGAGAUCGAACAACCAGAUGCCGCAAGUCCUCGCGAUCUCAAGCUCCUGCCAACCACUAUGACGGAUACCAUACCCACGAAAAGUGCGGAUAUGAAGGAGAUGCCUUCUGACAGAUUUGGUAUAAGCACGCCGGAGACUCAUGUGGGCGAGAAUUCAUCUAUGGACAAAUUAUUAGAACACCACCGGGCGUUAACCGAUGCACAAUCAGCCCCCGAACCAGUCGAGGGAGGCAAGACUGAUGCGCAAGCCAUGGAGGUGGAUGGCCAUAGUGAUGAGGGCUCCUUGCUCUCACAUGACCCGGAAGAUGAGGAUGCUGAGCCGGACUGGUUGGAAAGCGAUUAG